AUGUCGAAUACGAAGAUCAUCCACGUUCCCCACUUGGGCGGAAUCGAUGCGGCAUACCAAAUGCCCAAGCAAUAUGAUUCCGCAAAACCAACAGUGGUCCUAGUAAAUGCCUUCACUGUCACGUCUGAAUUAUAUAGAGAACAGUUCGAUGAUCACCACUUGUCAGCUCUAUUCAAUCUGGUGGCUAUUGAGCUUCUUGGGCAUGGCCAGACACGCACUUCGUCUGAGCACUGGACAUAUUGGGAUACUGCGGUGAUGAAUCUCCAGGUUUUGGAUGCCUUGGGUAUUGAUAGGGCCUUCGUACUGGGAACCAGCCAAGGAGGGUGGGUGACCGUUCAAAUGGCCCUUCUUAGACCACACAUGAUUGCCGGCAUCAUUCCUGUGGGAUCAUCAAUGGACUCCGAGUCAGAGCGCAGUCGAAAGCUGAAAUGCUGGGAUGGCGCAUCGAUAGUCCCGGGCUUCGCAAAGCAAUGGACUAGCAACAAGCCUGUGCCAAAUUUCGAGCCUGGCGAUGACUAUUGUGACGCACUUAUCGGGGUCAGUUUCAACAAGUGCUCUGCUGAGGUUCACAAAUUUUGGACCAACUCAAUUAAAUCAAAUUAUCGUGGCGAAGAAGGUCGCAAGCGGCUUCGUAUGGCUGCGAUAAAUUUGGCAGAACGUGGACCGAUGCAUCUUCGACUAUCAGACAUUCGUUGCCCGGUUUUAUGGAUUCAUGGCACCGAUGAUGCUGUUUUCUCCUUGGCCAAUGCCAGGGAAGAGAUUGGGCUUUUUACGCAAUCUCCAGAUGCGAGGGUGGUUGUGAUCAAUGGAGGUGCACAUUUCUCCAACUGUACUCAUCCUGCCGAGGUCAAUCAUGCAGUGAUUGGGUUCGUGAAUAAGUACAAGUAG